CAUAUAUGUAUAGCCGCCGCACCAGGAAGCAGGAACCACCACGAACCCACAGAGGAGCUAAUCUACUUCUCCUCGGCUCUCCCUGACCCACUCUCCACAGCUUUCAUCGGGAGCUCGAAUUCUUUCAGCAGGCAUCGUGCUAGGGUGGAGACCCUUUUCAUGGAAAGAAGCGACGAAUACUAGUAACUGUGAGGAAACUUGUUCGCCUGAAUGGAGGAGGGAGGCUUCCAGGUCCAGCCCGGUACCUCUGUGAGGUUCACGGCGUCACCGGAGAGCCCAGACAUCGACUGGGACGGCCUAGAUCUGGUACCUCUCCCCGGCGACAUCUCGUGGCCUGAAGUGGGGAUCGACGCGUCAAGCUUGUUUGCUUCUUCCUCCAUCUUCCUCUCAGAUGGCACAACCACCACGGCUGCUACAAACACCUUCUUGAGUCCACCAAACACCUGCUCGAGUCAACCUGGUACCCGUGUGGCAGUGGCACACACCAUGGCGUCCGAAGGUGCGAUGGUUGACUUGGAUGAGCUGCUCUCCGGCGACGACCCCUGGCUUCAAGUGGCGACCAUCGCUUCAAGCUCAACCAGCUUCUUUGAUUCUCCCUCCACCUUCCCCUCAGAUGCCACAACCAACAGGGGCACGCUCUCAUUCUCUCCUGGAGCGGCCGUUGACUCGGAUCAUGUCCUCGAGCAGCCGCUCUUUCUCUCUCCGGCGACAACCCCGGCCUGGCUUCAUUUCGCGACCGACGCUUCCAGCUGCUCUCCCAGCUCCUUUGCUUCUCCCUCCACCUUCCUCUUAGAUGCCACAACAGACAGCUCGGUGCCUGCAAGUAGAAACACUUGCUUGAUCCAGACCAGCAUCCCCGUGCCGCGCACCACCUUGUCCCAAUGUGUGGCCGACGACUUGGAUCUCCCGGAGCAGCUGCUCCCCGACGACAAACCCUGGUUUGGAGUAGCGCCCAACACUUCAAGAUCUCCCAACUUCUUCGCCACUCCCUCCAUCUUCCCCUCGGAUGCCAAAUCCACCAUGGUCACCGUCCGGGAACGGCUUACGCAAGCACUAGCCUACAUUGAGGAGAUGCAAAGAGACAAACAUGUGCUUCUCCAGGUAUGGGUGCCGACCAUGAGUUACGGUCAGUUGGUGCUGACGACGAGGGGGAUGCCAUUCACGCUCAACAAGAGCUCGGAGAGGCUCGUGCAGUUCAGGGACGUAUCGACGCGGUACCAGUUGUCUGCAGAUGUUGCGUCGAAGGGCUCACCUGUGGGGCUCCCAGGGAGGGUCUUCAUCGGCAAGCUCCCCGAGUGGUCUCCAGACGUUCGGUACUUUACCAGCUAUGAGUAUCCUAUGGUGGCCCAUGCGCAAUAUUUGGACGUCCACGGGACGAUGGGUCUGCCGGUGUUCGAGAAGGGGAACCCCUCGUGCUUGGGUGUCAUUGAGUUGAUCAUGACCAGGCAGAAGCUCAAUUUCACCUCUGAGAUCAAUAACAUCUGCAGUGCUCUCCAGGCGGUUAACCUGAGGUCCUCAGAAGUUUCAAGCAUUCCACGCGCAAAGUUCAGUAGUGCCUCAUACAAAGACGCUCUACCGGAGAUAUUGGAAGUCUUAAGAGCCGCCUGCGUCACCCACAAUCUACCAUUAGCACAAACAUGGGCCACCUGUGCUCAACAGUGGAAACGGGGCAGUCGCCACUCAGAUGAGAACUACCAGCACUGCAUCUCUACCAUUGACGCAGCUUGCUACGUGAACGACCCUCAGAUGCAGAAUUUCCAUGAUUCCUGCUCCGAUCACCACCUUCUGCUCAAGCAAGGGGUUGCAGGGAAAGCCUUCACCACGAACCAGCCGUGCUUCCUACCAGACAUUGGAUCUUCAGCUAAACCGGAUUACCCAUUAUGUCACCAUGCUAAGAUCUUCAAUUUAAAAGGUGCAGUGGCGAUCCGGUUAAGAUGCACACGCACUGGGACGGCGGACUUCGUGCUGGAGUUCUUCCUGCCGACGGACUGUGAAGCACUCGAGGAGCAGAAGGCAGUGUUGGACACCUUGUCGGGAACCAUGCAAAAUGUUUGCCAAACACUACGCACGGUUACAGACAAGGAGCUGGAGGACGACGCGAUGAAGCCCAACUCAUUUGGCGGUCUUCAGAUGAACAAGAAGGCGAAUAAAAGAAAACCGAUGGCACCAAGAUCAACCGUGUGGAAAAGCUUUACAAAGGUCAUGGUUGGAGAUACUGUCAAGGCUAAGUGCAACUAUUGUGGUGAAAACUAUUGCUGUGAAUCGAAAAACGGUACAUCCUCAUUGAUAUCUCACUUGAAAAGGUGCAAACUUAAUCCCAAUAAGUCGUCCGUAGGGGUAUGUAUAUACGUAUAGGCUAGUAUGUUUAUCUUUUUUCUUCUCUUCACUUAAAGUGUCACAUUUUUUUCAAAUGUAAAAAUAAAUGCGGCCAGCAAGGUUCGAACUA